AUGCCUAUGUUAACCGAAAACGAUGAUGAAACGACUGAACAAAAGACCUCAGCGGAAGUAGCUGACUUUGCUAGCAAAAAAAGCGCUGAUGGCUGCACGAUCAAUGCCUGUUCUCCGUUAACUCCAGUAAUCAAUAGCCCUCAUCUUCGCACAAUCGAUGAAAUCGUGUCAGUGUUACAACCAUCGGUACCACUCUAUUGUAUUCGAUACAAAUAUAUAAAAUCUAUUUCUGCUCGAUUUGUAGCGACUUUUCCGGGAACAGUACUUUACGCCGUUAAGUGCAACUCUGAUGAACGAGUAUUGCAGGCUGUUUGGGAGGGUGGUGUACACCAUUUUGACUGUGCAUCGCCGAAAGAAAUCGAACUUAUCCAAAAUCUUUUUCCUGACGGAAUAAUUCAUUUCAUGAAUCCAAUAAAAAAUCGACAUGCAAUUCAUUCAGCGUAUUUCAAAUACGGCGUUCGUGAUUUCUCAGUUGAUACGAUUAAUGAACUUGAAAAAGUCAUCGAAGUAACCAAAGAUCAGAGGAGUCUUGGUAUAUGUGUUAGACUGAGUGUCCCGAACGGACAUGCUAUGUGCGACCUCUCGCGAAAAUUUGGUGCCAAUAUUCCAGAUGCAGUUAACAUACUUCGACGAGCGAGAUCUAUUGCCAAAUGUUUGGGUAUUUGUUUCCACGUAGGCUCACAAUGUUUAGACCCCGCUGCUUAUGAAUUAGCUCUGAUGAUGGUUAGAGGUGUUAUAAGUCAAGCAGAUGUCCGAAUAGACGUGAUUGAUGUAGGAGGAGGUUUUCCGAUCAGUUACCCAAACACAGUACCUCCACCGUUGAACUUGUAUUUUUCCGCUAUUGAGCGUGGUUUUCGAGCUCUGAAUUUGCCAGCAGAAACGGCUAUUUGGUGUGAGCCGGGAAGAGCGUUGGUGGCAGCAGCCUGUUCUCUAAUCGUUAGUGUAACAGCUAGGCGAGAUAAUAUACUACAUAUUAAUGAUGGUAUUUUCGGUAAUCUCCAUGACGCUGGACCAAUGAACUGGCAAUUUCCUGUGCGCCGUAUCUAUUUCGAUAGUUCAAUUUCAAGCUACACUGUGGAGAAUUUUAGUUUUUAUGGUCCUGCUUGUGACGAUGCUGACUUUAUGCAAGGGCCGUUUUUCUUGCCAGAUGAUAUUGAAGAGGGAGAUUUCAUCGAGAUCGGCCAGAUCGGAGCUUAUACUUCAGCUUUGAGAACAAGCUUUAAUGGUUACGGUGAAACGUUGGUUGCGGUAGUGUCCGAUGAGCCAAUGAUUAAAACACUCGACCAUUAA